GACUCGCUGUGCGCAGAGAGGAGGAACAUGUCCGCAGUGCAGCUGCUGCGGGCGUCGGUACAAGAGCGGAUCAGCGCUGCCACUGAAGACUUUCUGCUGCAGGUGGAGAAAGGAGGAGGAAAGGCUCAAGUCCCGGCGCUGAGAGCGAUGCUGACCAAGCGGCUCACGGUGGCAGGAGAGGCGAUCCUCGCGGGGCUUGAGGAAACCUUGGCAGAUUACGCGGACCGAGUGGAGCAGUCCGAGCGGGAGAUCUGCCGCCAGAGGAAGCUGCUCGAUGCCGUGAUGCAGCCCGUAGUCCGGCUGCACAGAGCAGUGUGUCCUGCAGACGUCCAGCAACUGAUGGUGAAUAAAGAAGAGGCUCCCCCUGAGCAGCAGCAGUGGAGCCCCCUUGUGGACCAGGAGGACCCAGAGCCCCCCCACAUUAAAGAGGAACAGGAGGAACCGUGGACCAAUCAGGAUGGACAGCAGCUUCAAGGACUGGAGGAGGCUGAUAUCAAGUUCACAUUGACUCCUGUCGCUGUGAAGAGUGAAGAAGAUGAGGAGAAACUUAAAUCGUCAACGCUUCACCCGGGUGAGACUAAAGAGAACAGAGCGGACUGUGGAGGACCAGAACCAGUCAGGAACUCGGGUCCUGAUAGACGUUUACAACAAGGUACUGAGGACAAGACUGAAAACUCUUCUGACACUGAACACAGUGAGGAUGAUUGGAUGGAGACCAGGGAACCUCAGACUGGUUUAAAUACAAGAAAUAACAAGCAGCCUCUAAGUGGUAUGGGAUGUAAGACAGAAAAAAAAUCGUUAAGUUGCUCUGAGUGUGGUGAAAGAUUUAGUCGGAGUGACCAUCUAAAUAUACAUAUGAGGCGUCAUACAGGAGAGAAACCGUUUAGUUGCUCUGAGUGUGGUAAAAGAUUUAACCAAAGGGGCAGUCUAAAUUCACAUAAGAGGAUUCAUACAGGAGAGAAAUCGUUUAGUUGCUCUGAGUGUGGUACAAGAUAUAGCUGUAGGGGCAGUCUAAAUUCACAUAUGAGGAUUCAUACAGGAGAGAAACCGCUCAGUUGCCCUGAGUGUGAUGAAAGAUUUAGCCAUAGGAGCAAUCUAAAUAUACAUAUGAGGCGUCAUACAGGAGAGAAACCAUUUAGUUGCUCUGAGUGUGGUAAAAGAUUUAACCAAAGGGGCCAUCUCAAUAAUCAUAUGAGGACUCAUACAGGAGAGAAGCCCUAUAGUUGUUCUGAGUGUGGUAAAAGAUUUAACCAAAAGGGCGAUCUAAAUACACAUAUGAGGUGUCAUACAGGAGAGAAACCUUUCAAUUGCUCUGAGUGUGGUAAAAGAUUUAGCAGAAGGGGGAAUCUAAAUAAACAUAUGAGGAGACAUACAGGAGAGAAACCUUUUAGUUGCUCUGACUGUGGUAAAAGAUUUAGCCGUGGGGACUAUCUAAAUAUACAUAUGAGGAGUCAUACAGGAGAGAAACCUUUUAGUUGCUCUGAGUGUGGUAAAAAAUUUACCGAAAGGGGAAAUCUAAAUAGGCAUGAGAGGAUUCAUAAAGGAGAGAAGUGAUUUAGUUGCAACCAUUGCAACAGAAAUGUAUUAAGAUUUAUCAGCAGAUAUUCAUAUUAUACAUAUUCAUAGUUCACUGUUUUAAAUAGACUAUUAACAGUUUUUAUGUCCCUAGAAAAUAUAACUCAUUGAAUAACACGAAAGAUUUGUGUUUAAAUAUCUUGUUUCUACUGAUUUCUACAUAGAUAUAUUUUUCAUAAUGUCCUCCAAGUCAUUUUAAUGUUAAAGUGUGUUCCUUGCUCAGCAUGAAUGUGCCUUCUUAACUAGUUCAUAUGAUUAAAUAUGUUUGUUUUAAAACAAUGGUCAGUGAGAUUCAAUGACAGUGUGUGUUCUCCUUUAUGUAUUGAAUGUGUUUCCAAGAAUAAAAGUCUAAUUAAAUGAUAAUGGAGCCGUCGCCCUCCACUUUGUUUCUGUACGAAAGGAGGCUGCACUGGCUACCGUGAAUUGUCUCAUCACAAGACAAAUGAAUCAGUGUUGUGGAGUCACUCGCUCUAAUCCCUGCAAGGCAUGCUGGGGGAAAAAACCAUAGCCUAUUAAUAUGUUUUUAUUAGUGAGACUUCUAUGCAGAGUUUACUAUUGAAGAGGCAGAGCUCAACGUCUUUUAACUGAGUCCUCUUCAACCUGAGUGUCUCCUCAUCGUUCUCACAUUUCUAAAUCAAACACACACAAAUAUGAUGUGAACUAUCUUGCACGUGUUCAUAGAAGAAUUUACUAAAUAAUAUAAUAAAGUUAAUCCUUACUUGUCGGA